AGUUAGUGAUAAGAAAUGGAAGGCAUGGGAAAGAGAUCCUGGGUCCGAGCUACGAAAUGCCAGCUGCUGGUGACCAGCCUCUUCAUUAUGCUACUUGGAGUAUCAGUUGGCGUACUGGCCAUCAUCACCCACAGUGGGAAACACUUCAUUGUUAUAAAUUCUGCCUCUUCAGAGACAAACUCCUAUUACAGAAAUUUCCAUACUAUUGUUUCCUACAUUGGGAUGUGUCUGAGCAUCAUUCUGGCUAUGGCUGCUUUGAUGAGCAUUGUUGCCACAAUAAAAGAACUGGAAGGUGCUAUGGCAGCUUGUUUCUUCUGUUUUACUAUGGUUUUCUGUGCUUCGGGAAUAGCCACAUAUUGGACUGUCACCAACAGUACUGUGGUGGAAAACGCCAUGAUUGACGUAUAUGACGUUGUUUAUGAAGAUGUGAGAAAUAACAUUUCCAGCACCAGAAGACAGGAGCUAUAUUCCAUUCACAAGAUGUUUCUAUGUUGUGGGAAGAAGUCACCCUUUGGAGAAAGAAACAGCAUAGAAGAUGAAAUGUGUACAUCAGAAAUUCUGGAAAUAAAAGAAGAGGAUUGUCUCCAAGAAAUCAAACACUUCCUGAAAAAACAUAUGGACAUUGUCUCUAUACUGAUGACCAUCACAAUUUUCUUCAUGAUUUAUGGGAUGGUAUUAACUUCGUUCCUUUGGUACUCUAUCCAUUGUAAGAACAAUUUGGAUCGGAAGGGCAAAUAUGUCCUGGCAAAGCUAUCUGAAACUGGCUUCUGACCUGCCCAGAAGGACGACUUUCCAUAGAUACCGCAAAGCAAAACAAAUGAUAUGCUAUUGAUGAGGACCUGCUGAAAUCAGGAGAUAGAGACAAGGUAGACAUGACUUGUGGGGAUGAUCUUGCAAGCAAAGUGAAUAGAUACUAAUGUCAAGUGACACUCUUCAUACAUAUAUUCAUGAUAUAUCAAAAGAUAUUACAUAACAAAUAGCUGAAGUUAUGAAAACAAGUGAGCAGUUUGAUUUGCAGCUGAAUGAAACAAGCGAUGGGAGUUACAUUAUUAAUUCAAAACUAAAUUAGGCCAAAAAAAAAAGCUAUGUGUAUGUCCUUUCUGCUACUCUGUAUAAAAGCAAUCUCUAUCUCUGGAAUGAAAAUUAACAAUUGCAUUCAAGCAGAAAUCAUCUUUUUGUUCACUAAACAGCUUUAGUGAACAAAGUUUCUUUUUAAGCAAGGUCAAAAUAAAAACAGUGUUUCGCAUAUUUUUGCCCAGGAAGAAAAAGACCAGGAGUCGUGAAAAGGAACAGUCUAAGAGGUGUUUACUUUAUACAACUGGUUCCAGUCUUUCACUACUAUUGUUUUCAAUGGGUUGUGUCUGCUCCUCUGUUAAAAGCAGACCUUUUCCUCUUUGCUGCAGUAGAGUCCAAGGCAAAAGCUGGUUAUUGGUGAUUUCUCCCCUCCUCCAGUCCACUAUGUUUCAGAUACAAGGAAUUUCAGGGGAAUUUCCCCAAAAUCCACC